AUGAAUGAGAAGCCUGGUUCAGGAGUGAUUUAUCUCCCCCUCGUGGAGCUGUCAUUAGAAGAUCAGUCGAGAUGGGAGUUGGAUGCGAGUGACGCCGGUUCCGGUAGUGCAACUGUCAGUCGACAACAUGAAGUCCGGUUUCUCUGUGGUCGUGGUCGUGGCCGUGGCCGUGGCCAAGGUGAUCGGUGGUCUCAGCUUCCAAUCGACGCCGCAUGGAUUUUGCCGUGUGUUUGUUUGGAAUCAUUUUCAAAUUAUCCCACGAUUGGUUCUGGUCUGAAAAAAUCUGAUCUCUGUGGCCGCCACAGCAAAGAAUCGGAAAGCAAAGAACUCACUGUUCUAUCCCCGUCCCCCGAAGCCACCAUCAGGUCUCUCAACCGACAUGCUCUCCCUGUAGAGAAUUUGCUCAGUGUCUCACGCGCUAUUUGGCUCCCGCAAAGCCAAGCUCCUCCCGACGAAGAUGACCAGAGCGAUGGUUCUGGCCACGGACCUGACGAGGCUGGGCCAUCUGACGCCCCCCCUUCAACAUAUUACGACAUGACGUUAGAGGAAGACCUGCCGAUCUUAUCCCGACCCUCCAAGGUGAAGAACCUGGCCUUGGCCAUCGAAAACGCAGGCCGCGAAUGGAACAUCGAUGGCUUCCAAUCUUCUCUGAUAUUCCCGAGACGAGACACAUGUCUCUCAUCAUCCACUAUUCAUCACAAAUCUACCGACCUUCGCAUAUGA